CUACCUCUACCAAUUGGUUUUUGCACACUUUCUCUCUCUAAAGCUCUCUUCGUUUUUAUCUCUCUUCCUAUUCGGGUUUCAGAUCCGAGUUCGGAAGAUUACAAAAGUACUCGAAAGUCUUUCACUUUUGCUCUUAAAGCUCUCACCUCUCUCUCUCCGACACAACUCGAAACUCAAGUCAUGGCAGGAUCAGCACCAGAAGGAACACAGUUUGAUACUCGUCAGUUUGACCAGAAGCUCAAUGAUGUCCUCGAGGGACAAGAUGAGUUCUUCACCUCGUAUGAUGAGGUCCAUGAGAGCUUUGAUGCCAUGGGUCUUCAAGAGAACCUUCUUAGGGGUAUCUAUGCCUAUGGUUUUGAGAAGCCCUCUGCUAUUCAGCAAAGAGGGAUCGUACCCUUUUGCAACGGUCUCGAUGUGAUCCAGCAGGCACAGUCUGGAACCGGCAAAACCGCCACUUUCUGCUCUGGUGUCUUGCAGCAGCUCGACUUCACCCUCGUCCAGUGCCAGGCUCUCGUCUUGGCUCCCACCAGGGAGCUCGCUCAGCAGAUUGAGAAGGUCAUGCGUGCGCUCGGUGACUACCUUGGCGUCAAGGUCCACGCCUGUGUCGGUGGAACCAGUGUCCGCGAGGAUCAGCGCAUCCUCCAAGCUGGUGUUCAUGUCGUCGUUGGAACUCCUGGUCGUGUGUUCGACAUGCUCCGAAGACAGUCACUUCGCUCUGACUCCAUCAAGAUGUUUGUCCUUGACGAAGCUGAUGAGAUGCUCUCCCGUGGUUUCAAGGACCAGAUCUACGACAUCUUCCAGCUUCUCCCACCGAAGAUUCAGGUCGGAGUGUUCUCAGCUACAAUGCCACCGGAAGCUCUCGAGAUCACGAGGAAGUUCAUGAGCAAACCGGUGAGAAUCUUGGUGAAGCGUGACGAGCUGACUCUUGAAGGUAUCAAGCAGUUCUACGUGAACGUGGAGAAGGAAGACUGGAAGCUGGAGACUCUCUGUGAUCUCUACGAGACCUUAGCUAUCACUCAGAGUGUCAUCUUCGUCAACACACGUCGCAAGGUGGACUGGCUCACUGACAAAAUGAGGAGCCGUGACCAUACCGUCUCAGCUACUCACGGAGACAUGGACCAGAACACUAGAGACAUCAUCAUGAGAGAGUUCAGGUCUGGUUCGUCGCGUGUUCUCAUCACGACCGAUCUCUUGGCUCGUGGUAUCGAUGUGCAGCAAGUGUCUCUGGUCAUCAACUUUGACCUGCCGACUCAGCCUGAGAACUACCUUCACCGUAUCGGUAGAAGUGGAAGGUUUGGGAGGAAAGGUGUGGCGAUUAACUUUGUGACGAAGGAUGAUGAGAGGAUGCUUUUUGAUAUCCAGAAGUUCUACAAUGUUGUCGUUGAGGAGCUUCCAUCAAACGUAGCCGAUCUUCUUUGAAGAAGGAAGAAGGAAGAAGAAAGGAAAGGUUGCUUGGUUUGCAAGUUUCUUAUUUGAUUUUUGACCUAUCUCUCUCUCUCUUUCUGAAUUAUCUCGAGACCAGUUUUUUUCUUUUUUUCUAGUAUUCAACCAACUCUUUCGAACAUAUGUUGUUUCUUCUGACCAUGUUUCUUUUUAAUCUCAUGCAAUGUUUAUCUAAUUUUCUA